GCCUCCAAGGCAUCGACCGCCAGCGGCACCUGUUCCGCCACCCCCUCCGCCCUUCGCCGAUCUCCUUGACUUCCGCCUUCCCCCAUCUCCCUUCCGCCUGACCGCCAGUCAAGCGACGGCCCUCUAUCAUAGCCGCAAUCACAGCGCCAUUCCCCCCACCUCUUGUUCUCCGCCAGACCGUUUCCGCCACUAUCGAUAUCUCCGCCGCCAUCCCCGCGCCAUCGCGCGACACUCGCAUUCCCCACCAAUCCGCGCCAUCGCCCGCCACCCACCACCACCCCCUGCCAUCACCGAUCUCCCCGCAAGCGCGCGGCGCCAUGUCGUUCAUGCGCGGCAAUCUGCUGCAGAAGGCGCGCCUGCUGAUGCGCGGCGGCAUCGUGGACACGCCCAAGUGGCUCGACGCGCUCUCCAAAGUGCCCCCGCAGCCCAAGGCGCGGCGGUGCCCCAAGGCAAGGCGGAUCGAGCUGGCGGAGGACCCUCUGGUGGAGUCGUAUUAUGCCCGGCACCCUGAGGCCAAGCUGCAGGCGUACAGGCUGCAGGGCUUUGACCCGCCAGUGGCGCGGCGUUUUGCGUGGCGGCAGCUGGAGCUGAUGCAGCAGGGCAUGGCGAAGCGGCAGGCCAGAGACGCCGUGGAGGCGGAGUUCGUGCGCACGGAGCAGGAGGAGGAGGAGCGCGCGGUGCAGGAGUGGCGGCGGGCCAUCAGGGAGGGGCGCCAGCCGCCGGCGGCGCGGGUGAGCGCGGUGGAGGCGGUGCAGGAGGAGGAGCGCGCGCACAUGCUGGCGGGGCUCGAGGCGCUGGGAGCGCAGAUGGAGGCUGUGGCUGCCGAAGCUGAGGUGGAGGCUCGGGCCGAGCGAGGCAGCGUUGGGCGAUAGGGGAGGGGUGGGGUGAGCGUUGUUGAGAGGGCAGGGUGAUCGUUCCACAGCCCUGCUGCCAUUUGUGUGCUUCGCUCCAAGCGUGCUCCAAGUGCACUGGUGGUGCUUGUGGGUGGUAGAGGCGAAGCGGGUCGCAUGGAGAUGGCAGUGAGAGUGGGCGGGCAGGCAGGCGGGCGCCAGGGAAGGGGCAGGUGCAUGGGCAGAUGCAAGAGGAGAGGACGGCGGGGAUGGCGAUUCGAUGUAGACACACAGAAGCAUGCUGGUGGGCGCGUGGGGUGAGAUCGUGAGCAAAACCGAAGCGGUUGGUGUCGGAAAAUCGUAGAAACAUGAAGCAGCUGCUGGUGCAGCAUUAAUAUGCAUGCAUAUACCGCCAACAGCUGGCUACUGUCAGAAAGCACAGCCGCAAACCACUGUGCUAAAAGGGCUUGUUAUGUAACGGGUCAGCGCGCCCAGAACCCCCCAGGCAUAGAGGCCUGUGGCCCUCCCGAGGAUCUCUAGGGCAACCCCAGUAGGUCUCUCGACAGCUACUUGCUGGCUCCUUGCUGGCUCCUUGCUGGCUGUGCAGAUCGUGGGCGUUGCUCUCCAUUGUGCUGGAAUUGUACUUGUAACCCAUCAUUCGUCUAGUUAUAGCUGAACAAUACUUUCCUAUCCGCAGCCGCAAUCCACUGCACUUCAACGCGGAUAAUCAGGCUGUCCAGUGCCCAAACUUGGUUUUGGGCCGCCCUUUGAAAUCAGGGUCGCCCCACCGAAAUAUCCUGUGAGCCAGGGUACCAAACUCUGGAAGUCUGAUUUUGCAGGGUAUAAAGUUUGCAGCCCUGU